AUGAUGCACAUCGCCGACUGGCUUCCCACGCUCUACUCCGCAGCUGGUGGAGAUCCUUCAACACUUGGUUCCAUAGAUGGCGUGAACAUGUGGCAUGCCCUUUCUCGUGCAGAUGCAUCACCCAGAAAAGACAUCGUUCAUAACGUAGAUUCCAAGCUUAAUUUAUCGGGAAUUCGCGUGGGAAAAUAUAAACUCAUCGUGGGGACAUUCAACGACAGUUUGUACGACGGGCGCUUUAAGACGGUGCAAGGUCACGACCCGAGAACAGACCUGGAUGUCCUAAUGAAAAGUUCUGCGGCGAGCAAAGUUCUGGGGGCCUUGCAUUCCUCCACUUCCUUGGAAGUUCCCUCGGGAUGGCGGGAACAGGCGUCUAUAAAAUGUGACACCGACGCACCCGAAGACGAAGUGACUGCCAAAGACCACGUUUAUUUAUUUGACAUAGAAAAAGACCCGUGUGAAAUGGUCAACAUUGCUGGAAAGAGCAAAGGGAUACUUGCCGAGCUAAUGCUCAAACUCGCAGCUCACGAACGACUGCAAGUAGAACCCUGCAAUGUUGCUGAGGACCCAGCGACCUUACCGGAAGUGAAUGGCGGCAUUUGGAAGCCCAUGGAAUAG